AAGUGGUAGGAUUCCCGAACGCUCAUUUCCCAUCGGAUCACGUAUGCAUCAUCAGCGAGUUCCGCGUGAAGCCUCCAAGACCCCCAGCCUUGCUACCAACGGCGUCUUGAGCAAGCAUCCAAAUACAUCAUUUAUCGUCUCAUUUUUUGUACGCACAUGUAUUUGGCGGUACAUUGGUUCUACAUAUCGGGGUGCACACAUCACAUAUUCAUGAUAUUCCUUUUCAUGUCCAAGUUUCUUUGUUUGUUGAUGCUGCUGCUGUCGUCGUGCGUCGUCCUUUCAAGUUUCCGUACGAUUUUUGUUUUAUCCUUUUCUUCGUUUGUUUUUCUUUUUCUGUUCUAUUUGUUUUUUCUUUCUGGUAUUCAUUAUAAUGCUGCGCCCCUCUCAAGCGCCAUUGACAUACAUACAUACAUACAAACAUACGACAUACGACAAACUUUGUAGCACGUGUUGUACUGUUCCUUGUAUAUGAGACGGCUAUUCCCUCUUCCCCGACUCCCGACGUUGGUGGAGUGUUGAGUACG